CGACACGAAGAACUCUUAUAAAUACCGUACAUCAGACUGCAUCUAAAACCGAAGACAAGUUGCGAUCGCCGGAUGGACGAUGAAACAACUUUUUCUGCCUUUUUUAGCUUCGCAACGGCCCACGACUGAAGAUCAGCUCGUUCCUUGGUUGGACCUUCAUGUUUUUUUGGUACGAUUCCAAGAGUACGAGUACGAGUACGUACGGACCAGUAAAGUACUCAUACCUGCGAUUGGUUUUUUCAUGCGGGUGGUAGGAAAACGAAGUCGUUCGUGUCGAUCGACUACAGUACCGAUGGAGGAUCGAUCCUUUCUCGUAGCGUUUGGUUCGUGCCAUUGCCGAGAAAACACUUCCACAACCCCGACAUCGAUACACAGGUCGCUCCUUUGCUCACCACCCGGUUUCCACAAUGCACGCAAUCUAUUCCGGCCGGGGUUUCGCCGCGGCAAACCCGGUGUUCCCACGGGCAUCCAAGGCCGCGAGACAGAGGCCCGAGGCGGGGGGCCACGCACCGGCUCCCGCCGCGAGUCCGAGCCCGAAAAGGGCAAGCAACCCGGGGGACUGGCGGCUGCGGCUCGCCGUGGACGACCUGCUCAAGGAGCACAACAACAACGCCCUUGGCCACCACCACAGCGGAGGCAGCAAGAAGAACCAUUGGCAAAGGCAAAGGCGCCGCACCAUCGCCCGCAGGGAUUCCUACUCGACCAUUUCCACCCUGGAGUCGGACCCGGACACCUCCCGGAUGGUCCUCCCGAGGCUCGCCGAGCGUCCGGUGGCAGGGGGUGGCACAGAGUCCGUUCCGGUCGAGAUUCGCUUUCCGUCGCCCCCCGGGUCGUCCCUCGAGGACACUCCAGAGGCCAGGGGUUCUUGGGACGACCCCGACGACAUUGUCUUUGUGCCGGCCGGAGAACACCUCGCGUCGGGGAGCAGCAGCCUCGACACCGUUCGGACAACAUCGAGGCGCCUGCCGCUGGCUGCCCACGGCGCAGCAGCGGGAAGCGACUGCAGCACCCGCCGCAACCACAACAACAACAGCAACAAUUAUUACUACACAGACACCAACAUUGACAACAACAACAACAACAACAACAACGACGACGACGACGACGACGACAAUCGAAACAGCUUCCACAACAGCACCCGCAACAGCACCCACAACAGCAACAGCACGGGCAACCACUGCCACCGCCGCCAGAAGCAAUGGCAGCGCCCGAGCCGGCAGCCCUCCAUGGGAAUCGCUUCCGCGGGUCCUCCUCCCCCGCGGCCGGCAAUGCACCAGCUGUCGAUCCGGCCCAGGACGAGGUUCGAGAUCUGAGUCGAAUUGCAAUGCAUUGCGACGACAAUUCAAAACAUACCCUAGAAUACGAGUUUCUUUAAGAACAACGGUUUGGAUCAUGUAUUAUCAGUAGUUGUGUGUCGUGUGUGGCAACCAAUGGCCACUGAGCGUGAGUCUGAUGUGAUGACUUUUGUUGUUCUUGUUCUUCUUGUUGUCGUCGUCGUCGUUGCUGUUCUUUUGCAUCCUAUGGAGCAACGACCGCUCUCCCCCUCGCCGUCGAAUCCCCGGUGGUGGCCACGCCCCGACGGGAAUCGUCCCACC